GCUGUUUGCUUGCUCUAGUGGGUAGCAGGUCUCGGAUGAUGCACAGAGGCAGUUGGAGGAACAGCUAAAGCCUUCACUCGUUCGACGAUCGGGCUGAGCCCUCCUGUCAAAGAUUUCUUGUAUUGUUGUCAGCCAAUCGGCACUUGAUAGUAACUGUUACUGCUGCUAUUUUCUGUGUUGCUGUGAUGCGUUUGCCUCCUGUACGACAGUGGGGGCGGUAGAAGCCCCUGCUGCCUCUGGCACAUGCGAGUGAGAUCUGCUAAACUGAUAACUGUCAAAAACCUAUUCAGGCCUUGACAACAACAACAACAUCAAAAUUGGUCUAAUGUUUUCGCCCAGCGCUUGCAACGGAUAUAUCAGUUCCUGUGUUUAGAAUUAUCACGGCGCGCGACCGGUUUACUUGUCCGUCAAAUGUGGAAUGAUGUUCAAGUUCAUAUCUUUAGUAUCAAGAUGAAAGAAAUGGGUUUAUUGAUAAUCCAUCGCGGACGGUUUUCGUUUGGAGGUGCAGAGGCCAGUGUCGACUAGCCAGCCGGGCAGUCGGAAUUUAUAAAAGCCAUGACUGAAUAUUUAUAGUCAAUUGAGUUUUACAGGCGAUUGGCAUAGAACUGCCAGCGCCCUAAGUCUACUUGCCAUCAGCGGUAGAAUCGUUCUUUGUGAACCGUUGGGGCGACAGUCACAGAAUGAAGUGGACACCGGUGUCCGACAAACAGAAGUACGGCGUCGCCAUCGCCAAUUUUUUCUCAAACGACAAACCUCACAGACUUCAGCUGACAGUCGGUGAAACUGUUCAUAUUCUCGAGGAAAAUGCUGACUGGUAUUAUGGGACUAACAUGCGAAAUCGAAAAAUUCGAGGUAUCUUCCCGAAAAAUUAUAUUGCUAUCAAAGAGUGCCACGUUGACAAAAUUACAACGGUCGAGGAGGUCAUCCCUAAAGAACCGGCUAUCAUCAAGGAGAUAACAGCUGUAUUGCGAGAAUGGGGCCCGCUCUGGAAGCAGUUAUAUCUCCGGAAUCGAACUUCCUUCGACACGGUUCGCUCCUAUAUAUUUGAGCUGGUAGAAGCGCGGCGGAAGAUCCUCAGCGGCACCCUCCCUAUGGACGAGCUACGAGAAAUCAAACAAAAAGUGAUCUCCCGCAUCGAGAUGGGUAAUGCGCUUCUCGAUCUCGACAUCGUCGUCAGGGAUUCGAAUGGUAACAUUAUGAAUCCUGAGUUCACAUCGACGAUUGCUGUUUACUUUGCUCACGUGGAAGCAGCUGAAAGAAUUGCACUACAGAAAAGCGCGCAGGCCCAAAUGGCGCAGGAUCCGUAUAGCUACAACAUCACGAAUAACAACCAGCGAUUUAGUCAGAGGUCCUCCGGCGCCAACAGUAGCAGCAGCAGUGCGAAUUUGGGCACCACGCAUUGCCUGAAUGUGAUGGUCGUAUUUCGACGUUUUGAAGGGGGCAAACUUACCGACGAUGUCGAUCUCAUUAUGUCGCUUUACGAUCCAAAGGAAGCGAGGUUCAUUACGGAGAAUUAUGUUGUCAGGUGGACAAAAACGUCGACGGCGAACACCUUCGACUACAACUCGAUGCGCUGUCUCUUCACCGACCUCGGCAGUAAAGAUCUACGACGUGAACGUGUCUGUUUUGUGUGUCAAGUUGUCCGUAUUGGGCCCAUGGAGAUGCGAGAUCCAGAAACGCGAAAGAGUGGGAAUAUUGGCAGUAUUACAGGAAAAGUUAAAACUGAAUCAGGCGAUAUGAGACGGCCGUUUGGCGUAGCCGUGCUUGAUGUCACGGCGAUCCUGAAAAGACAGACCGAAGGCGACGAGGAGAAGCCAACGUUUGUGCCUUGCGUACCGUGCGGUGAACACGAGUCGCUUGACGCUCUCAUCCGGAAGGUGACCAACCUGAGUAAGGAGGUUACCCAGAAAGAACAGCGAGGGCUGCACCUCACGUUCAAAGCUUUACCUGGUGAUCAAAAAACUGUCCGUGAAGAGAAUCCCCACUUGAUAUCAGGCACGACGUCUCUUGCACGAAAAAUGGGUUUCCCCGAAAUCAUCUUGCCCGGCGAUGUGCGAAAUGACCUUUACUUAACUGUUUUACAGGCGGAAUUUGCGCGAGGAGGUGUGAAAACUGGAGGAAACAUACAGGUAACAGUUAAAGUAUGUGAUGCACAUGGCCGCGUCCUUCCGGGUGUUAUCUCAAUAGGCGCCGGUACAGAAAACACUUCUGAAUAUCAGUCCCUUAUCUACUAUCACGAAGACAAGCCUAAAUGGAGUGAGACGUUUAAGGUUGACGUACCAAUCGAGGAUUUUUACAACGCACACCUUCGGAUUACGUUUCGGCACCGGUCAUCGAAUGAAGCUAAGGAUAAAACGGAACGACCUUUUGGGAUGUCGUUCGUCAAGCUGAUGCAAUCCAACGGUACCACACUGAGUGACAAGGUUCAUGAUCUGUUAAUCUAUCGAAUCGACAAUAAGAAAUUCAUGGAAAACGAUACUUCCUACCUGGACACGCUGCCCUCGACACGAGAAGAACUGGCUGAGCUGCCAAAUGGAGGAUCUUCUCUAGGUAACAACAAGCUCGGUUUGACGCUGUCGUCGAAGGACUCCUUCCAGAUUUCCACGCUUGUCUGCUCGACGAAGCUUACACAAAACGUUGAUUUACUUGGUUUGCUCAAGUGGUUUGAUAAUAAGGCCGAUUUGCAAAGGUACCUAAUGGCGUUGAUGAAGGUCGACGGCGAAGAGGUCGUUAAAUUUUUACAAGAUAUUCUGGACGCGCUGUUCACAAUCUUGGGACAAAAUGGGGAUAGCGAAGUAUAUGACAACUUAGUAUUCGAAUGCCUCGUGUUUCUGAUUGGCCUCAUCUCCGACCGGAAAUAUCAACACUUUCGGCCUGUGCUUGAUUUGUACAUCCAGGAGAAUUUCAGUGCUACACUUGCAUACAACAAGCUCAUUAUUGUGCUUCGCUAUUACGUCGAACAUUUGGCCGUCAACUCACUAAACGAGCCAACAGGCGGCGUUCCACUUCGUGUCGUCCGCUCUCUCGAGUAUUUGCUCAAGUUUAUCGUCCAUUCACGCAAGCUCUUCGCCCACCUGAACGAGGACAAUGACGCGGAAGCAUUUGCCGAGUCGCUGGACUCAUUGCUGUGUUCAAUCACGAAACUGAUGAACUACAAAUCAGAGAACAUGGUCGAAUUACAGGACGCUUGUCUGAUGUAUUUUCCCUGCGUGAUUUCGGACGUCCUUGAAGUGUUCGAUGGCCCCAGGUUAUCGGUUAUUGUUACGCAGCUAAUUAACAGCGCACCCCCUGGCCGACUAAUGGCACAGAAACUAACUUGCAUGAAGGACGUGAUCAAGUCACGCUUAUUUGAUGACCGAAACUGUAGAGAUGUCCUUCUACCUUGUUUCUGUAGUCAUAUCAAGAAUCUCCUCGAUAAUUUCGACUGCGAAGAUGUUCGAAAGAUUGAACCUCACCGCCUACGGGAGUUUGAGUUGGCGAUCGAGACGAGCUCUGAGAUGAUGCUGUCGCUUUAUGGCGGCGAUGACACAUCAAACGAUAUCACCAUCGUAAUGAUGACCAUGCUUCGAAGCGUUAUUCAAACUGUAAUCCGACUUGAUUGGAGUUCUCCCCUUGUCGGUAAUGUCGUAGCGCUAAUGAUUGACAUCUUCCGCCAGAUGAACGACUUCCAUUUUAAAAGCUAUAUGGGACACUUCGUAACGGAAACAGAUCUAACUGACUUCCUCAUGGAAAUUCUGCUCGUUUUCAAGGAUCUCGUACGAAAAACGGUCUACCCGAAGGACUGGUGUGACAUGAUUAUGCUGCAGAACUCGGUAACGCUUCGGUGUCUGCGGCAUUUCUCGCUCACAAUCAAAGCCAAGGAGCGAGCAUUCAACGAGCAGGUUUGGAAUAAUUUUUUUCAUUGUUCAAUAGCGUUCAUGACACAGGAAUCCCUUCAACUGGAGCAGUUCUCGCCGAAUAAACGAGACAAACUGAUUCUUCGUUAUAAAGACAUGCGCCGAGAAACAGGGUAUGAAGUACGCUCGAUGUGGUUCGCACUGCAAGAACACAAAAUUCGAUUCAUUCCGGCGAUGGUCGGACCUAUUCUCGAGAUGACCAUGAUCCCUGAAUCGGACCUGAGGAAGAAUACCAUACCAAUCUUUUUCGAUAUGAUGCAAUGCGAAUUCUAUAGCACGUUGCGAACAGGAACAAAAGGGCACUUUGGAUUGUUCGAGAACGAAUUCAUCACCAAAGUCGACGUACUGGUGGAGGGCGGUAAAGCCGAUCCCGAAUAUCAGAAGCUGUUCUGCGAACUGCUUCAACGUCUCGUGGAAAAUCAUGCUGGUUUGCAGAUGAGUGGUCCGCGUUUCGUGAAAAUGGCUGGUGGUCUUAUGGAUCGACUGCUACAGUAUCGCUCAAUAGCUAACGACGAAAGCAAGGAGAACCGCAUGAGUUGUACCGUCAAUCUGCUCGAAUUUUACAAUGAGAUCAAUCGCAAGGAGAUGUAUAUCCGUUACCUGCACAAGCUAUGCGAUCUGCACCUCGAGUGCGAGAACUUCAUCGAAGCCGGAUUCGCUUUGAAACAGCACGCCCGCCUGUUAAACUGGUCAGACGACGUCCUGCCAAAUCUGCUCCGAUCGUCGAAGUAUCCGCAUUGCGAUACACACAAAGACCUCAAGGAGCAGCUGUAUUACGACAUUGUGGAGAAUUUUGACAAAGGCCGACUCUGGGAAGCAGGCCUCGGCCUCUGCAAAGAACUGGAUGCACUCUACGAGAACGAGACGUAUGAUUACAACCAGCUCUCGCAGAUCCACGGAAAGAUCUCCACUUUUUAUGACAACAUCAUGAAGGUUCUGCGGCCGGAACCCGAGUACUUCCGAGUAGGCUACUACGGAAGAGGGUUUCCGGCGUUCCUGCAAAAUAAGGUGUUCGUUUAUCGGGGUAAAGAAUACGAGCGUCUGGCUGACUUCUCGGCCCGCCUGCUCAACCAGUUUCCCAACGCGUCCCUGCUCACCAAGUUAACAGAACCCGACGAUGAAGUCACAAAAAGUAAUCGGCAGUUCCUACAGAUCAACCACGUCGAUCCAGUGAUGGCUUACCAGGAGCGUUUCCGUGGGAAAGCGGUUCAUGAUAAUAUCCUUCGAUACUAUAAAGUCAAUGAGGUUCGCGAGUUUACGUUUGAUCGACUUAUGCGCAAGACGCCAUCAGGUAGUAGCGAGGAAAAUGAAUUUGCCAACAUGUGGGUUGAACGAAAGACUUUGGAAAUUGCGCAUCCGCUGCCCGGCCUAUUGAGGUGGUUUGCAGUGGUUCGAACGACGACUGUCGAGGUUUCACCAAUCCAACAUGCUAUCGAAACAAUGGAAAAAACCAAUAGCAAGCUGAUCGAAAGUAUCCAACAGCAGAAAUGUGACAGCUCUACGCCACUCAGUCCGCUCACAAUGCAGUUGAGCGGCAUCAUCGAUCCAGCAGUGAGUGGCGGUAUAACCAAUUACGAAAAGGCUUUUUUCACCGAAGAGGCAAUGCAAAACAUGACUCCGCAGGAUCUCGAGUUUUUGCCAAUACUACAGAGAACAAUCGCGUUACUCGUACCGAUUCUUGCCGAAGGUUUGCGCGUCCAUAAGAUGCGCAUGCUGGACAAAAUCCGCCAACAUCACGAACACAUGGAAGCGUGCUUUGUCCAGCUUAGAGAACAUAUUGAACGGCACUAUGGUACAGCGAGCCUGCCAACGGAGUUAGCCGAUGGCAAUCAACGCCGUGCAAUGCGAAGCUUGAUCUCGCAGCCGCCAACAGUUCGUGGUGGUGGCGAUAACCAUCGAGACAAUCGUGAACGCGACAACUCGAACAACUUUUCAUCGUUCGCUUCGCUUCCGGACGCCGGGGGUAAGAACUCUCGAUCAUGGAAGGCUAACUUAACGCUAACGCGAAAGUCCCGCGAUAGCCGAGAACGUGAAAACGCAAGCAAUACCACCGGGUCCAGCAGUACCGGCCUUAUCUUAUCGGCCAGCAUGGUGGUCGCAACGACAAAUAGGCGGAAUUCUGGCGCUGCCUGUGACAACGGUCUGGAGCAUCAUACCGGUGACUGUUGCGAAACUGCCGGACAGCUACGCAAGAAGACGAGUUCAGCUUCUACUCACAGCCUGAGCUCAAUGUCGGCCGGUGGUGGUGACACGACAUCGAUUAUCGAACUUAGCGAACCGCUGGUCACUCAGAGGCCUUCGAGGGUCGAGCAAGAACGACGUAGUCGUCCAUCGUCGGCGCAGUACACUCGAAACCCAUUGAGUCCUCCUCUUCCAUUAGGUGAUGGUGUAGACGGUCCUAGUGGAGGUUGCAACAAUGGAGGGGGCAGUUUCUUUGGUGGUCUCCCGCAUCAGGAAAGCCUGCCGGUCUCGUUCCCGGAUCAGGAUACGCCUCCGCCUUUGCCGCUCAAGGUCAACAGCAUCGACUCCUCGAUGAGCCUCCAAGGAGGUGGAGGAGGUACAUCGAGUGGUGGGGUACCAUCGUCCUCGUAUUCGAGUGUUGCUGGAUCUGGCGGUACCUCCAUUGGGAGAUCGGUGCCCACGUCGAUGUCCGUUGGCGGUGGACUUGAUGACGUCGUGGCAUUGAGGAGAUUGCCACCUAAGAUGAAGCCGCCCCCGUUACCCGCUAAGGAAACGGCGUCCGCUUCACCGAAGAAGUGAGCAUGAAGUUUCGAGGGAUUAUGAAAGUAACAAACGAAAUCGGGGAACGUAUAAUAUUGUAACCACUGAAGAAUACGUUAUAUACUAUUAACGGAAGCCAGUUAAUGCACAAAAUCAGAGCCAUCUCCUAGGGAGCACACAACAGACGCCAAGACACGAAAAGCGCUGAUGACUAUGCAUAACGACCCUGACAUGAAGGAAUCAAUAAAAUAAUACUAUAAUAGUUACUGUCCGGCAGGCGAUUGCAACCA